GGACAAGCAGUUGCAAUAGCCUCACUAUAGUCGUCACUCAGCCAAAGCCAAAAAGAUGCUGAGAGCAAUACCAGCAGCCUUGCUGCUCUGCCUCGUGGGCACCACUUGGGGUGAGUCAUUUAUUGAGGAGGGUGCAACGGGACGUGGCCCCAGACUUGAGCCAUCACAAACCAAUACUGAGUGCAAGCAGGAAAAGAACUGGCCAAUCUGUUCAGAUGAUGAUUGGGGUCCCAAAUGUCCUUCUGGAUGCAGAAUUCAAGGUUUAACUAACCAGGCUGAUAAAGAUUUUGCCAAAAGAAUUGAUAUAAUUAAGCAACAAUUAAAGGAUGGUGAAAGCAAUUAUAAAAGCAUUGAUAUCACAACCAAGGAAACAUAUGACUUCAUCAAGGAUAAAUUGGUUUCAGCCCAGCAGACGGAUAGCACUUAUAACAUGGUGACUGAAAGCCUCAAAAGGAAAAUAGAUUUUCUGAAAAUAACAGUUUCCAGCCAGGUGGAAAGAAUCAAAUUAUUGCAGAGGAACGUUAGGGAGCAGGUUGCAGAAAUGAAGCGCCUUGAGGUCGACAUUGAUAUUAAACUCCGUGCUUGCAAAGGAUCUUGCGCAAAGAGCAUUGAUUAUAAUGUGGAUCACGAUAGUUAUGAAAACAUCAAGAAACUAGUGGUGCAGCUUGAAUCUACUGACCUGAGACCAAACAGUGAUCCUCUCCCAUUGCUGAAGAUGAGACCAGUUAAAGAGUCUACAGUUCCUCCCCACUACAAGGCACUAACUCUUCAAAAAGAGCAGUUUCCACUUUUCCAUGAUAUUGAACAAUAUUCAUUUGUGCUAGAAGGGAAAUCUAAAGAGGUAAAAGGACAACCACUGUCUUCUACAUCUGUCACUUUUGGUUCUACAAAAGAGCAACCAUCAGAAACUAAAUUUGUUGUCAUUGGGGGUAAGGGUACUCAAUCUGGGGGAGAUAAGACAGUGGUUACUUCAGAAAGUCGAGUUGUCUCAUGCACCAAAACCAUUCAGAAGAAAAUCAUUCAGGGACCUGCUGGACCUAAGGAAGAAAUUACCGAAACAUUAAGUGGUGGAGAGGAGUGUCAGAGGUUAGAACAGCUUAAGGCUGAUGGAAAGGGUAAAUUAGAUUCUGAUGGCACAUAUACUGUCAGGGUAACUGGAAGCGGUAGUUUAGGAGAUGCCAACCUUAAGUACUGGGAGGACUUCCUUAGUGGCAAGACUGUCAAUAGUGGCUUAAUAACAGGAGGAGAUGAUGAAUUUGAUGAUUUUAGCCAUACAGACCUUGGCGCUCCUAGCUUUAUACCUAUCAAAUCCCAAAGCUCAUCUGGCUCCUCCACUUUUACCAAGACAGUAUACAGCAGCAGUGGGGACACUAAGGAAGGAUCCCAGACUGUCUCUAAAUACAAAAGUGGCCCAGUAUUAGAAGAUGUUGGCCCAAUACAGCAUCAAAACAGUGAAGAAGACACGCCAGAUUUUUCAGCCCGCAGUGUGCGACCAGGAACGAAAGAGACAGGGUUGGACUGUGCUGGUGCCAAAAGUGGCAUUUUCAAAAUCAGGCCAGAAGGAUCCCAUAGAGGGCUGUCAGUUUAUUGUGACCAGGACACCCAAUUAGGAGGAUGGAUCUUGAUUCAACAAAGGGAAGAUGGAUCUGUGAAUUUUAACAGAACCUGGGAAGACUACAAGAAUGGCUUUGGCUCUGUGGAUGGAAAUGGGAAAGGAGAACUAUGGCUGGGAAAUGAAUACAUCCAUUUAUUGAGCCGAAAGGAGACAAUUCUGAGAAUUGAGUUAGAGGACUGGUCUGGGAAGCAGGUUUAUGCGGAAUAUAAUUUUCGCUUAGGAUCUGAAUCAGAGGGUUAUGCUCUUAAUGUUAACAGUUAUGAUGGUUCAGCAGGAGAUGCCCUCAUAGAAGGCUCUAAAGAUGACCGGGAAUAUACUUCUCAUGUCAACAUGAAGUUUAGUACAUAUGAUAGGGACAGUGACAAGUGGGAGGAGAACUGUGCAGAAAUGUACGGAGGUGGGUGGUGGUACAAUAACUGCCAAGCAGCAAAUCUUAAUGGGAUUUACUAUCCUGGAGGUCAGUAUGACCCAAGAAAUAAUGCACCUUAUGAGAUUGAAAAUGGAAUUAUUUGGGUAUUAUUUAAGCCAGUCGAUUACUCCCUCAAAACUGUUAAAAUGAAAAUUCGACCUGUUGACACUGAAUAGUAUUAUAUCAUUGUAUAGUAUUCCACUCCCCUAUUCACCAUUGUAUUAUGUGUUUUUUUUUAUUCCUGGCCUAAUGUAUUGCAACUGUGACUGAAAAGAAAACUAAAUAACUCACUUUCAUUA